AUGGCACUGCUCGGCAUCAUCUCGUUUUCGGUAAUCUUGGGCCUUGUCGCCAAAUGCGUUUACAAUGCCUUCUUUCAUCCCCUUCGUCAUUAUCCAGGCCCAAAGCUGGCUGGAGUUACAAGGGCAUACUAUCUUUGGUACGAUAUCCGUGGUAUUAGUCACUGGAAAGUAAAGGAAUGGCAUGAAAAGUAUGGUGAAGUCGUACGCAUCGCGCCCGGAGAACUAUCCUACGUCUCGGGUCAAGCAUGGCAAACCAUUUACGGGUUUCCCAAUCGUGAAGGAGUCGGCAACUUCGAGAAGGAUGCCCAAUGGUGGAACAAAAAUGUAAACGGCGUCGAGAAUAUUCUCACGGCUGACGACUCGGGCCACAAGCGUAUGCGUCGUCUACAGAACCCAGCGUUUUCUGACAAAGCUUUGAAGGCACAAGAGUCAGUCAUCAUUGGAUAUGUCAAGCUUCUUAUUCACCAGCUCUAUGGUCAAGUUUCUAGCCCAGAAACCUCGCUGGUUGAUAUGAAUUCUUGGUAUAACUUUACUACCUUCGAUAUCAUUGGCGACUUGGCUUUUGGCGAACCAUUCUAUUGCCUUCGAGACGCCAAAUGGCACUGGUGGCUCCAUGCGGUGUUUGACAUCUUCCAAGCAGGAACCUACCUUCGUGCUGCCCGCCGGUUCUCCUACCCCUUCUCUGAAAUGUUGUUACUUCUAAUCCCGCGGAGACUUAUCAAGACCCGCGUUGCUCAAUUCAACUUUGGAGUUGAGCGUGUAAACCGUAGAUUAGAGAGGAAGACCGACCGACCUGAUUUUAUGUACUAUAUUCUACAGGGGACCGAUGAAAAGGGUAUGACAAUGGAGGAAAUAUAUGCGGCAGCCCAAGUUCUCAUUGUCGCCGGUAGCGAGACAACGGCCACUGCUCUGACCACGGCUACAUAUUAUCUUUGCGAGAACCCACAAACACUGGAAAAGUUGACUGCGGAGAUCCGCGACACCUUUGAGAAUGAAGAUGACAUCAGCAUACAGAGUACUGCUGGACUGAGCUAUCUCAAUGCUGUUGGAGAAGAAGCUCUGCGUCUUGGUCCACCAGGCCCCGGCACCUUCCCUCGAGUUGUGCCAGAAGGCGGGCGGAUGGUUUGCGGCCAGUUCGUUCCCGGUGGAUACUCCGUCGGUGUCCACCAUCUGUCCGUUAAUAGAUCGCCGGCCAACUUUUGUGAACCUGACUCCUUCCAUCCCGAGAGGUGGUUGGGGGAUGAGCGUUUUGAGUCUGACAAAAAGUCUGCAGCUCAGCCUUUCUCAUUCGGCCCGAGAAACUGUAUCGGAAAGAAUUUGGCAUACGCCGAGAUCCGGUGCAUUCUGUCUCGAGUCGUCUGGAACUUUGACAUGAAGAUACACCCGGACAGUAUAGGAUGGCUGGCUAGACAGAAGAUGUUCACGACCUGGCAUAAGACUGAAAUGAAAGUUCACCUUUCUCCAAGGAAAAAGCAAGCCUGA